AACAUGCACUUAAGAUUUGUCGCCUUCCUUUGCUUCGCUGUGAUAAUCGCAACGGCUCGAAAGUUACCAAGUUACAUAAAAAUAUGCAAUCGCAAUGAUCCCGAAGUAACGACAUGCAUUAAAGAAUCUUAUAAAAUUGUGUUCCAACAUGGUGUACUGGGAAUACCGGAAAUGAAUAUAAGACCAUUCAAUCCGGUAAUCAUAGACAAGUUGAGCAUUGUGAACGGUAAUGGACAAUCGGUCAAUCUGGAUGCGCAAUUGAAUGAUGUCAAACUGUACGGAAUACAAGAUUCUGAACUGGCCUCAGUUAAAGUUGAUUUCGAUAUAGGAACUUUCAACGGUGAAAUUUUCACACCAGCCGUUUACUUGGAAUCAAAGUUUGGAGCUAACGGAAAAGUGCUUCUGUUCCAAUUCGAUAGUAACGGUGUAUUUCGUGCAAACUUGACUGGAGUUCAUUCCAAGGUUUCGUACAAGUUCGAUUCGUACCAGAAGAAAGAUAAAAAAUAUUGGAAGUUGGCAGACAGCGACGUGGAUUGCGUAAUUGAUAAAUUCGUAAUUGACAUUGAGAACCUGUUUGGUGAUAAUAAAGAGUUAGGUGAUACAACAAACAAAGCUAUUAAUGAUAACAUCGACACUCUGUAUGAAGAACUGAAACCAGUUAUCGUGGACACUCUCAAAACGAUACUCAAUGAUGCUGCAACCAAUGUUUACAAUCUCUUUCCAUUUGAUGUUUUACACCCUGAAUAA